UAAUAAAAAUAAUUUUUAUAAAAUAUUUACAAUCGAUGUAUAUAUUUUGCAGUGUUAUUAUUAACCCUAAAUCUAAAACUUUAACUUAAAAAUAAAAAUGUAACGUAGCAGUACAAAAAUAAUUGGUUUGCAACACACCACACCCCGAGGGGAAUAUACGUUUUUAAUUUCACAAUAAUUAAAAUUAAAUUUAAAUAACAGCAAAAUGUCGCUGGCCAGUGCUGCGGGUGCUAUUUUGAAGCCACAGACGCCUUUGCAACAAUUGCUGGAAGACAUCAAUUUCCAGCGCACCAAGGAAAUGCGACAACUGCUGAAAGACGAUAGUGGAUUUGUCGUUCUAACUGGUACCACCUAUUGGACAGAAUUAUUUGUAAGACAUUUUCUUUUUCCAUCAGAACCAGUGCAUAGUAUCGAUUCAGAUGAUUUAUUAUUUUUCGUACGUAAAAAACACGUUAAAAGCUCUUCCCGACAUAUGCCAAAAUAUGAGACUGAGGUCGAUGUUUUUCGUAAAGACUCACGUAAACUACCAAUAGGUGAUCCUGAUGUAGACUGGGAGGAAACAGUCUAUCUGAAUAUGGUUAUACAUCAGUUCGAUUAUACGCUGACACUAGCUAUAUGUACACGCACAUCACCAAAGGAACUACAAGUACUGCGUAGGCAUUCGCAACGAGUUUACGCAAGCCCAAGUCGGCGUAAAAUGGAUACAAAAGGCGAAGGCGAAGAAAUUACCUAUCCUCAUAUAUGCUUUAUGGUGGAUAAUUUUGAUGAGGUUUUUAGUGAUAUUUUGGUGCGUGAUGGCGAAAUGGUUUGCGUGGAACUAGUGGCUAAUGAUAAAGAUGGUGCAGUACAAGGUGUAAUAUUUUUAGGUUCAAUACGUUAUGAUGCUUUAAAGAAAGUUUAUGAUGCAAGGCAAUCUAGUCUCAGUUCCAAAGUCGCACAACGCAUGUCGUUUGGUCUAUUCAGUAGCGGUGCUGGUGUGCAAACACGUUGUGAGUUUGUACGCAUGAAAGGUCCACAGGGCAAAGGACAUGCUGAAAUGGCUGUAACUAAGCCAAAAGGUUCUGGUGUAGAAACACCCACCAGUGAACCUGGUUUUUGUGCCACCGAUAUGUGGGAUGAGUGGGAAGAAGAAAAUGACGAUUAUUGCACUUAUCGUCACCAGAGACGUUUAAGUGAUCCCAGUGCAAAUUUAAAUAAUUUCAAUCGUUAUGGUUGGCGUACUAAAAAUACACAAGAUGUCACCGGUGCUGGAGCAAAGGCGCGUUCUGAAAAUGAGGGCUUAGAUACAUUAGCUAGUGAAGUUUCCGAAAUAGAAGCAGGCGAUUUGAGAGAUGAUCUACAUCCUGCUUUCUCGGCAUCCGAAGCUAAACUACAUCUCAAUCCAAAUUGUGAAAAGCACAAUGCAACCUUGUUACAAAAUCCAAGCACUGAAGAUGGCGCAGCGAUUGCUAGUACCCCAGUAGCAGAUGCUGUCGAAGUAACAGUCAUCACCUCACCCACUUCGAAUAAUACCACUGGCUGUGGUAACUGUUUCGGCGGUAAAAAAUGUAAACGUUGGGUCACAAAUGAUUUAGAUAAGAACACACCUGAAAUGUCCGAGAUCUACUGUCCAACCUGUGAUGAUGUUGCUAAUGAAACGCCGGCCUGCCUAAAUAAGAUGCCCGAUAAAAAGACCAAACCGAAACACAAGACAAUACUCAGUGUUGAAAGUGAAUUAGUGGUAACGAAAAGAGGAGGUAGCUUACGUUUGCACGAUAAGAAAACAAGUAUAACUCGUAGUUCAUCACUAAGUUCAGCCGAUCGGAAAGCAAAGAAGAAUGAAAGCUCCACGAAUAAAAAAGAGAAAACUAAAGUUAAAGAAAAAGACAAAGACAAGGAAAAAGAUAAAGAAAACACAAAGAGUAAGGAAACACAUAAACAAAAAGAUAAAGAAAAUAAAGAGAAGCCAAAGGAGAAGUCCUCAAAAACUGCAAAUAUUUUAGCACGUGUUUCUCCAAAGCGUCUAAGACCGAAAAUGUCCGCAUCCACUACCGAAAGUAAUACGAAAACAAAAACAAAUAAAACAACUAAGGAAACCGCAAAUAAUAAUGUGGAAGCAAACUCCAAUGGAGAGGACAUUAAACUUCAGGAGUAUGAAAUUGCUGAUGAUGCAACUUCACUGAAUGGUUGCGAGAUAAUUGCAAGUGAAAACGGUGCCAAAAUGGCAAUGUUUAGUGAAAACGAUUCAAAGCUCAUGAUAAAUGUGCGAGGACGAGAAGAAUUGCCUGUCAUGGAGGAACCAUCGCCGCCAACAACUGCAGAUAUAAAUGCAGCAACAACUACAACAAAUGAUACACAAAAUAAAACUUUAAUUUUUGAAAAAUGUGUACCUGUCAAUACAGAAUGCCCUCCAUUUCAGUUGCCGCUAAAAACGGUAACUGAUAACGUAAACAUUGAUAAUAAAACACAAAACAGGGAAGAAAAUUCAGAUGCUGAAACACAACAACCAACAGAAUUUACUCCAAUGCUGAACGAUUGCAAUGGCAAUUGUGAAGCAACCAUAUCGCCAACCCAAGUCGAACAAAGCAAUAACACCCAUGAGAGCGAUGAUUUUGAACAUGUCACACAACAAUCCACUUUACCACGUCCCAAGCGUACCGCAGCUCAACAAGCUUUCUACAACAAAGCCAUGAAUUUGGUGCCCAAACGACGUACACCAGAUGGCACCAAUAUUUAUUAUUGGUGUGACUUUCCUAGGAAAACUUUCAAAGAACUUGAUGAUGGUGCAUACAAUCCACUUUGGGCAAGUCGUGGCUUUACACAGUCAUUCCAUUUCUGGAAAGAAAAUCGUCGCCAGCAAUCUACACCGCUGAAUGCAUUUUUAACCUAUGUGACACUGCCUUGGUGGAGCAUUGCAAAGGAUUUGCUUGAUCAUCGCGAAACUCCAAUUUUAACAUUUUAGUAUUGAAUUCAACAAUUCAUCCAAAGGCCACAAUACUCAGUAUCACAAUAAUGAAUUUCAAACGAGCCUAUAGGGAAAACUUCAACGGAAUUGCCAACUGGAACCUUAGAAUAUAUCUUGUAUCUUUUUUUUUGUAUCUUGACAAAAUAAUUUGUUUGAUUUCAGAAAAAUUUUAUGUUUCAAAAACAACUUGAAAUUUC